CAGGGUUAGUGGGUGGGGUUGAGGUGAGCCCUGGUGCAUAAAUAGAGAGGCUCCGCGCUGCACUGCGGUGCACUCGAAGCUUGGACCGCUCCCUGGCAGCUCUCAGGCAGGUGGGCGGGGAAUCCAGAUUUGCCAUGGAGAAAAUUUCAGUGUCUGCAUUCUUGUUCCUGGUGGCCCUGUCCUACACGCUGGCCAAAGAAACCACAGUGAAACCCGGAGCUAAGAAGGACACCAAGGACUCUCGGCCCAAACUGCCCCAGACCCUCUCCCGAGGUUGGGGUGAUCAGCUCAUUUGGACUCAGACGUACGAAGAAGCCCUGUACAAAUCCAAGACCAGCAACAGACCGCUGAUGAUCAUCCAUCACUUGGACGAAUGCCCGCACAGUCAAGCUUUAAAGAAAGUGUUUGCUGAAAAUAAGGAAAUCCAGAAAUUGGCAGAAAAGUUUGUCCUUCUCAAUCUGGUUUAUGAAACAACUGACAAACACCUUUCCCCAGAUGGCCAGUACGUCCCCAGGGUGCUGUUUGUGGACCCAUCGCUGACAGUGAGAGCCGACAUAACCGGAAGGUACUCAAACCGCCUCUACGCCUACGAACCUUCAGACACAGCUCUCUUGCUUGACAACAUGAAGAAAGCCCUCAAGCUGCUGAAGACUGAACUGUAGAGGGAAAACCAGAGCCUGCAAACUCUUCCCAGCUAGCCAGGCCUCAAGACCGGGACGCAGAGACGGGAGAAGGCUGAAGAGAAGCCCUGGCCAACACGCGCCUUAGAUUACGGCUUAACGUUACGCCCACAUUUUAUUUUUUAAAAUUGGCUUCCGGAACACGUGUAUGAAAACAGUAUCAUACACCACUGCAGUAAGCCAUGAUUUUCUAAAAAAUAAAUCCUUUUGGAGGUACUUAAACUGGA